UAUAACGUUUUUUAACAUUUUACUUCAACCUUUAUUUUAAGAUUUACAACGUUUGUUUUUUUAAAAAGGUUUUGUUAAAAAAAAAAAAAAAGCACUUGACAUAUUUGAGGUUUUUAUUUUGUGAUGCUGCUUUAGUUUAACUUCCGGUUUGGGCCUGGCAGCUUGACUCGCUCGUGUCUGAUAGGAGGGACAGCCCAGAACCGUCUGAAGUCAGCUCUCCGCUCACAUUCAGCGCACGGAGAAGGCGUCCACCGGUUCCGAUGAAACAAGCCCCGCGUGCCCGCGGCGGCUCAGUCUAGCGCCGGUUCUCCUCGCUCGCACAUGUGCUGCUGACGCGUCUCCAGCCAUUACCCACAUCCCGUCGGGCGGCAGAGUCUCCGUUUUCUCAGCUGGUUUGACACAUCGCAGCCGCGCAGCGGGGUCACGAAGACGGGGAAGAUGUUAAUGAAGGAGUACAGGAUAUGCAUGCCCCUCACGGUGGAGGAGUACCGGAUCGGACAGCUGUACAUGAUCAGUAAGCACAGCCACGAGCAGAGCGACCGGGGCGAAGGAGUGGAGGUGGUCCAGAAUGAACCCUUUGAAGACCCGACUCAUGGCUCGGGACAGUUCACAGAGAAACGAGUCUACCUCAACAGUAAAUUACCCAGCUGGGCUCGAGCAGUGGUUCCCAAAAUCUUCUACGUAACAGAGAAAGCGUGGAACUACUACCCUUACACCGUGACGGAAUACACUUGCUCAUUCCUGCCCAAGUUCUCCAUCCACAUAGAGACGAAAUAUGAGGACAACAAAGGAUGCAAUGAUAAUAUCUUUGACACGGAGCUGAAGGAUCAGGAGAGAGAGGUGUGCUUCGUUGACAUCGUCUACGAUGAGAUCCCUGAGCGCUACUACAAAGAGUCAGAGGACCUGAGGUAUUUCAGGUCAGAGAAGACGUCGCGGGGAAUGCUGCAGGAAGGCUGGAGGGACACGCAGGAACCCAUCAUGUGCUCUUAUAAACUGGUCACCGUCAAGUUUGAGGUGUGGGGCCUGCAGACACGAGUGGAGCAGUUUGUGCACAAGGUGGUCCGGGAUGUGCUGCUGCUGGGACACAGACAGGCGUUUGCCUGGGUUGAUGAGUGGAUAGAUAUGACUUUGGAUGACGUGCGGGAUUACGAGAGACAAAUGCAUGAGAAAACCAACAUUAAAGUUUGCCAUGAGCAGCAAGAGCAUUCGGCAACAAACCCACCUACUCUGGAUGACAUAGAGAUCCAUGACAAAGCAAGUACAUGACGAUGGAUGAGGUGAGAGAGUUUGAGCGCAACAUUCAGGAGGCCACCAACCAGAAGAUCGGGAUGUUCCCCCCAUCGAUCUCCAUCAGCGAGACGCCCCUCUCCUCCUGUGCCCUCACCGGGCCUGCCAGCGCCCCCUCAACCCCCAUGUGCACCGACGCUCCAGAGUCCCUGUCUGUCCCCAAAGACCGACCCCGCAAAAAGUCCGCUCCAGAAACCCUGACCCUUCCGGACCACGCCUCGCAAGGCUCUUCCUCAAACCUGCUACCUGAUUCCAACCACCUCCAGUCGCCCACUUCUCCUUCCAACUCUGACGAUGCUGAACAGAGCGAACAGCAGGACUGAGGAGCGUGCCCCCACCCCCUGUUUUUUAUUCCCGCUUUACCAGGUCUUUUGAGUCCAAUCAAACAAGCCUAGCCUCCAAACAGUGCCCUGACAUUUAACUUCUUUAGCCAUAUUCGAUGAUUCGCCAUAGUCUUCACAGUUUUCAUUGUCACUGAAGCCAUCCAAGUUUAACCACAGGUCACUUCUGUUCAAGCAAGACUUUCAUUCAAAAUCCUCACAUUUAUCUAGUGGUCUGUUUAACAAAUAGACCAGUGUCUAUCUUUGUUCUAGCUAGUUAAACUGACUCCAAUCUAAUGAUCACUUAAGGGAGUUGCCUUGACAGAAAUAAAAUGAAAUGUAUAUUAUAUUUGGUUCAAAAAUCAGCUGAUCGACUCAGACUUGAAGUUGCACAGUAGAGAACAUUUGCUAGAAUAAGACUUACCGGAAAUACAGCCAGGAAUCUUCGCAAUCAUCUGUUUCAUCGCAUAAAAGAUGCAAGACCAGUACAAUCAUGGCGUGAACACACCUCAGGUCUCCAGACUCUACCUGGCUAACACUCCAAAGGCAGGGCUGUUACUCUUCCUUCCUCCCCCUGCUUGUUGCCAAACACUUGAAUUUUAUACCUCCAAAGAUACAACAAUCCAUUCCCGUUUCUUCACUUCUAAAUCCCCACAGUUGUUUACACAUAACAGGCCUUCCUGUCUCCAGUUAAAGUUCUUAGGUCAGGACAGAUUAGUUACUGACAGACGUUUAUAUUUUGCUUUUUUUUUUUUAAAUCUAUCUGCGUACUAUGGAAGUACUUCCUCAUGACGGGUCAAGUGUUGCCUGAAACUAAUGCUGGACAUUUCUUAUGAUGUAAAUUCCAUCCGCUUUGACCUAACAAGCUGGAACAAGGCCAUUUUAGGGAGUUGUCAGUCACAGACUGAUUCAUGGGAAAUCAAAAGCCAAUGAUGCUUUGAGAAGAGAAAAUUCAUCAGGUGCACCCUGAACAGAAGAACUUGGCCCCUUUAGUGAUGGGUCCACAGCCAUGAUGGUGGUUGAGAUUUUUUCUCAAAUCCCCCCGGUUCUUAUUAGUUUCCCUCAUAGUAUUCAACCAGAAAGGUUUAUAUGCUGCAUGAAGUGUUGACAACAAAAGCUCAUAUUGUAAGAAGUAUUUAUCUGCUUUAGGGUUGGUAGUAGGAAGUCUGAGCAUAAAACAUGAGCCUCUGCAGAGGGUAGAUGGCCAGACUCUGAACCCUCUGAACUCAGUGCCUCUGCAUGCUGCACCACUCUGGUGUCAGCUCCCAGAAGUCCACCUCACAUCCCAAAUUCUGCAUUUGAACUUAAUGUCUCUCAGCUUGGUGGAGAGUUGCUCAGUUUUCUUACAAUCUGAUCAUGCCUUUGCACCCCGGCUAAGGCCGAGGAAGAGCGUCUCGUGGAGCAUGAGCUUCGUGUCAUGACUGAGGUGAAGAGGAAUUUAAUUCUCUCAUAGUUCAAACUCUACUUUCUUAAGAUUGGCAAAAUUCCACCUAAAAACUUAUUUUCCUUGAGUUAAAUCAAACAAUUUUAAACAUCUUUUUGCAAGUCAGAUUCUAUGCAGAUGUCAUUCAUUAUUAAAGAAAAUAAAAAGCCAUCAAAGCAGCUGUUUAUUAGACCACAAGGGAGAUGAUGUAAAGGUAAUUUUUUUUCUUCUGUUUUGUUCCCAAUUUUAGUUUUUAUCUAAAUUGAUUUUUGUGAGUAAAAAGGGUUUUAAAGUCUUAUGCGUAACAGGCUGUUCAGCCUCAGAUGUGCUCCUGCUUAUUAAACACAUUCUAACUCCCGAGUCGUCACAUAUUGACGUUUGGUUAAGGACCCCUCUGCGUCACUUUUUGACAUUUUGGGCGUCCCCAAGUUGUUGUUUUUUGACGUACCGGCUGUUCCCAUUAAAUUACGGGUCCCUGACCUCCGAGACGUAAACCAGAACCGGUUCAGAACCGUGACACGUAGCACACCGGUACCCUAACCCGACACUGGAUUAGAUGGGGCACCGGACUUGAACCGGUACCAGACGCGGUACCAGAUUUGAACCAGUACCGGGUAAAGAUUCGGGUACCGGUUACUGGGUGAGAGUACUGGUACUGGACACAUACUGAGGACCAAUGUGCAUCCGUUACUGCGUCCCAAGGGGUUGCAGACCCUUGAUUUUACGAAUAGCCAGGACGGCAAAAAUGAGAAGUUGGAGACACUCAAAACAACAAAAAGUGACGCGGAAGGGGCCUAACGCUAGGUUCACACUGGAACCAGAAGUUUCCGCAGAGCGGAGUACGUGCAGUGUCCGCGCUCUCCUGCAAUUCACACCAUUUUCCGCGAUGGUUGACAGGGGCUUCUACUAGAGCUUUUUUUGUUUUUGCCAUCCUGGGUAAGUUAAUAAUAACCUAAAAAUAUUACCCCAUGUUUCUGUUAAGAAGAAGCAAGUAGUAUGUUAGCCUACACCUCUUUAAUUUAUCUGUUGUUGAGUCACAGGGAGAAGUGUGUGUGUGUGUCUGUUUUUCUGUGUGUUGUGGUUGUGUGUUAAAACAUGGUCGUAUUUGUUAAUCAUUGUGUUUUAUGCUGAAAAAAUGGGUACAUUUUGAAAAUAAACCGUAUUUUCCCAUGUACUGUAUCUUGAUGUAACUUCGCGGCUCACGCAUAAAAUAGACCAGAUGAUAAAACGAUCGACUGCACGGCGUGAGUCUUCUGCGGAGGACCGUGGCGCUCCGCGUCUGGUGUGAACCGGGUGUUAACCAAACGUCAAAAAGAGAUGACUUGGGGAUGAGAAUGUGUCGUCUUAUGUGGUGGCUUCUGUGAGGUGGGAGUCUUUCAUCCAGAAACCUGGCAGUGAAGCUCAUGCUCUGAUGCAGCCGCGUGCGACACAAGCAUAUCCAAGCAUAACAUUAUGCUCUGUUGUGUCCGGACUAACUCGCGUUCUCUCCCUUCCUCCUGCAGUUACGAUUCGAACAGUGCAAAUGCCUUUAGCACUUUCCGGUCUGUGACACCUUAAUGACAAUGAAGGAAUGUGUUCUUGUGUUGUUGGACCAACAUCCUCUAAUACAUCAUUGACUCAGAAGAUACAGGCUGAAGGAGGCUGCGGUCUUCCCAUACAGUUUUGUUAAGAAUUUGUACAGUUUCUCACUUGCAUUUGUUACUAAACUGUAGCUAUAUAUCUGUAACCAUUGCUUUUGUCUUUUGAGGUUAACAUAAAGCAGUAUCCAGCCUCCCUGUAUGGAUCGAACCUGUUCGGUUCAAAGCGCUCACAUGUUUGGGACAGACCUCUUCUCCUGCCGGGGAAACGGGACAUUUGGAUCCAGCACAGAAUAUUAAAAUAAUGCAACGUGUAUGUGAGAGGUUAUCUCUGCUCUGUUUAAAAGAGUGACACAAAAGCUUCUUGUAAAUACUGCUGAUGAGGAUUAUUCCAGUGUUUUCUUACAACCAUGCUGUCCCAGGUUCUAUUGCUAUAUGACAUGAAUGUGCUCGGAGGUUGAGAACGUUUUUGUGAUGAAGAUGGCAUUUCUUUUUUAUUUUAUUUUAUUUUUUAGACUUGAAAGAAAUCUCCAGUGUCUUUUUGUCAUCUGAACAUAUGGAAGUCACUUAAGUUUCUUCUUAUUAUAGUGGUGCACUUUCUGCUCCCGUAUUGCUUCUGAUCGUCGUUCGGGCCAAGAACUGUUUUGGGGAAAACUGUUAAAGAAAUUGGCGCUUUGCAUUUUAGUGAUGCGGCUGCUGUGAUGUCCACAUGCGAUGUUAGUGGGUGGGUUGGGGGGGCUGUUUGGAGUUCUGUUCUCUCUUGCGUAGUAAACCUGCUGUACUUUGAUUUUGUGAGUGCUGUAACAUUUGAAGGCAAGCAUUUAUUUAGCGUUUCUUUGCAUAGAAGGACCAAGAGUUGGGCUCCUCUUCCUCCCGGUGGGGUUCAGACGGCCCACCGUCUGAGUGGAUCCGCAGGUGUGUGAACGUGUGUGAGAGUGUGUGUGAGUGAAGCACACCCCAGAGGUGCCAUCCACGGUCAGCUGCUGGAAGUUGCUCUUUGUUCUUCCACUUUAACUAGUAUUGUUCUUGUUAUUUUUAUGACCCUUUGAGGUUCAUUCGGUUGUUUCUUGUAACGAUUGCUUGACUUUUUCUGAAACUGAUAAUUAAACUUUAUUAGCUAUUGUU